AUAGCCAGCUAUCACACGCACACACACAGCCAGCUAUCACAGACACACAGAGAACCAGGACUGGGUCAGACCAGUGUGGAUCCGUCUCUCCUCUCAGCCCAGCUCCACUCAGCCCAUCAAGAUGGAAAGGUAUUCCCUGCUGUCUAUGACUCUGUGUCUCCUGGUUUGCCAUGUUUGUCCCAGCAGUCUGGAGGAAACCUAUACACUCACGCCCAACGUGUUGGUUCUGAGGGUGAACCUGUCGUUGAAGACACAGAACCUGGUUCCUCUGUUGUGUGGCGAGGCUUACGAAGGCAUGGAGGUGCGGUGGAUGAAAAAUGGAGCGUGGCUCAGCCAGGUUCCCAGGGAGAACAUGGUAGAGGUUCUAGUGGAAGAGAGGAAGGGGGGGAACUUCACCUGCCACAACGCAGCAGGAGAGUACCUGAACCACACCCUGGUCCUGGUACAGGAGGGCGACAGCAUGAACACCAUACUGGAACAUUCUGAUGAGUACAUCCACUGCUGGGCCAACAACUACAGCGGGAUGUUCCGUUGCUCCUGGAAACGACAUGCCACGCGCCAGAGAGCAACCGUAUUCCUGCUCAGCGUAGAACGGGGCGCCCGGGCGCAGCCGUGCAGCAUGGACGGAGAUGGGGGGGGGGUGAGCUGCAUGGACAACGCGAGCUGCGCCUUCACUGAGGAGAGCCAACCCAUCAGCCUCACCCUGCACAUGCUCAGUCAUCACAAGCUGGAGCAGUACAGCAAGGUGUUCUUUCUACGGGAUAUAGUGAGGCCUGACCAGGUGCCACUGACCCAGGCAGAGAACCAGCAGGAUGUAUUUGACUGGGACUAUCCCUCCACCUGGGACACGCCCCGUUCCUUCUUCCCCCUGCUCUUCCAGGUCAAGGUGGUCCGCUACGUCAGCAGCUGUGACGCCACCGACCACUUCCUGACUAAAGAGACCAGUGCCACCAACUACACAGUUACCAGUCACAAACCGUACCGGUUCUGUGUGCAGGCACGAGACCCACUGACCAAUGGACCCUGGAGCCAACUGGCCCAAAUACAAGUGAAGACCAAAAAAAUGAAACAAGCAAAGCCACACCACCACUAACAGAGCUUGUCCCACACACAUCAUACCACUGCAGGACCAAACAGGAAGCACCAGCUUGUCUGCCGUGACCAUAGGAACCACUGGUCGGUCCAUAGGGAUGCAGUUGUCUGAUGUUACUACAGACAGCACCAGUCUGUCAUGUUACCAUAUGAACCAUUAUUCUGUCUAGUGUCUCUGUAAGACUUAGGACAAGUUUAAGUCCAAAGUUUUGUCAGUUUAUAAGCUAUAACAGCUAUAGCCUUAGCUUGACUUUAAAUUAUUUAUUAUUUAUUGAUGAGGUCAUCACAAAAUUGAGUAAUUAAAGCACUAGUAAUGAUCUUCCACUCAUUUCAACUGUACUUUAUUGCUGAUGGUAUUCCAUAUUCUUAUUA